AUGUUCACUUCCACCCGGAAACCACCCCUCCUGCGUACCCCAGAACUCCAGGCCAAAACCACGGACCCAACAAUCUCCUACUACAGCAGCACGCGCAUCGACAAGCUCGUCAACAUCCUCAUCACCUUUGUAAUCUUCUGUCUCCUUGUCGUUCCCGUCGUAGUCAUGUACCGAAUCACCGGUGGCAGUGGCGGUGGCGGUGACAUUGCCAGUCAUCCCACGAGCAUUGCGAAUGCCCUGCUGAACAGCACUGGUGUACAUGCAAAUGCGACACUGGAUAGACUGCUAGUGUCCGCGUUGUCAGCGGGAUCGGGGAAUGCAAACACGCAUAAUACGUUCAAUGCCGUGGGCGUGCUCAUGGUCUUUACGUUGCUGUUUAGUGCGGCCAUGUCGUUGCUGACGCGGGCGGCGCGGCAUGAGUUGUUUGCGGCAAGUGCGGCGUAUUGUGCGAUUCUUGUGGUUUUUAUUGGGAAUUUUACUGGGUAG